AUUGUCCAUACUCCUAUCACAACUCGCAAACAGACAAGAGCUCAAGAAAAUUUUGUAUUUUUAUAUUUAAUCGUGUGUAUUGUGAGAACGAGAUUAAUAAGGCUGUAAUCAAAUACUCAACUAGCGACAUCUUUUAUCGGAUAGCAACAAUGAUGAACUCACUUUCGCUACUCGCCGCUGUCUUCGUGUCGCUACUGUGCACUUUCGCGAGCGCCCAUGUCGCGGACAGUAGAAAAGGAUUAGAUAACAAUAUACAACCUAAUGCCACACCCAAGAGGAAACACUUAAGGGAUAUGGUGCGCAUCAGGAACGCUCCUCCAGAGACUGUGCAGCUAGAACCUGGUUCGCGACUGGUGCUGCAGUGUGAAGUCUUAGGGAAACCAGCGCCGAGUGUGCAGUGGCUGAAAAAUGGAGAACCUGUCAUGGAUUACGAAGUGGAAAGCAACGACAUUCUCCCCGCUCAUCCGUCAAGCCUUGCGCUCCUCACCAGCAAACUCGUAGUGAGGUCAUCAGCCAACGGUGACGUGUACACGUGUGUGGCGACCUCUGCACUCAACCAAAAAACUGCUUCCACUACCGUUUUGACUGUUGAAGGAAAUGAUGAAGAAAACCUACUAAUCUUAGAGAAAUUAUUCCGUAUGCCUACUAAGCCAGUGAUCACCACUUUUUACACGAAUAUCUUGCAAGACAUUGGCUCUGAGCUGAUCCUGCCCUGUCGAGUGGAUAGCAACAGCGAGUCCCAGGUCUUUUGGCACCAGAACAACGAACUUAUCUUUGAUAACCCCAGGAUGCGGGUGCUGCCCUCUGGUGACUUAGUAAUCUCUCCAUUGCUGUGGUCUGAUAUGGGUAACUUCUCGUGCAUAGCAAAGAAUGCGUACGGUAAAGAUACUGUAGACACUUUCGUUUACCCUCUGAAGCCGUCCAAAGCAUAAAUGCGCCUACCCCCAACCAGUUUGACCAGAAACGUUACCCGCCGAUUUAAUCUCGAUGUUCCUAUUAUUAAGUGACGUUUAAGCUUAACUUAACUUAUUAUUAGCCCCUAAGUUACAAUGUAUACAACAAAGUAAUAUAAGUACUUAAUAUAUUUAAAAAAAUAUUAUUUAAUAAGUUUAUAGGACAUUCAGCCGUACACAAAUGUUGAUAAAAACGAAAUAAUAAGUACCAAACU